UUUGCGGAUCUCAAAGUAAUUCAAAUCCAGCUAAUAGAACCUUCUUCCAAAAAUCACGAUCUCAAAGUCCUAAAACCCUAUAAAUACUCUCACACUAUUUUCACAUUUCGAUUCAUUUCAUCGGAGCCUUCAUUUGUCCCAUCCGAUCAAGUGCCUCAUCUGCCAAACUAACAACAUCACCGUUGAUUUUAUCCAAUGGCUCCGAUUGCUGUCGGAGACGUGCUUCCGGACGGUUCUCUCUCCUACUUCGACGCAGAGGAUAAGCUCCAGGAGGUGUCCGUACACUCACUCGCUGCUGGUAAAAAGGUCAUCCUUUUUGGUGUUCCCGGUGCCUUUACCCCCACUUGCAGCUUGAAACAUGUGCCUGGAUUCAUCGAGAAAGCUGAGGAGCUUAAACUCAAGGGUGUUGAUGAGAUCAUUUGCAUCAGCGUGAAUGACCCCUUUGUGAUGAAAGCUUGGGCCAAAACUUACCCAGAGAACAAGGAUGUCAAAUUUCUGGCUGAUGGUUCAGCAAAAUACACCCAUGCUCUUGGUCUUGAGCUUGACCUUGGCGAGAAGGGGCUUGGCACUCGUUCUAGGAGGUUUGCUCUCUUGGUCGAGGACCUCAAGGUGAAGGCUGCAAAUGUUGAAUCUGGAGGAGAGUUUACCGUCUCCAGUGCCGAUGACAUCCUUAAAGCUCUUUAGAUUUGCUUUGUCCACAGAGGUGUGUCCUUUUGGCUUUGAAAUUCCUAGCCAUCUUGUUGAACUAUCCUUUUGUCUUUAUGCUAGUGGCUUGGGAUGUGGAUUGUUAUAUGUAGCACUUGAUGGUUAUGGUAAUAACAGAUACCUUUCUUUAAUUUCUUUCA